ACUUGGACUGCAGUUUAUGGCGAAAAAUUCGCCUUAAGUGUGUUUUAUCUCAUUUUUAUUUUUAUAGAAACAGUUUAAAAUAACGUGAUUAUCUAGUUCAAGUGUUAUCAAUCCUGAAGCAUGCCUAUCUAUAUAAAAAACCCGAAUCCCGAAAGUGAAAUCGAAGAAUGGUGCAUUGUGGAGCUCCAGGGUGACCUGGAAGUACGUGGAGAUCGCGUCAUGGCGGGCCAAUUCAUUGGUGAUCUACUUUAUAAUAAAUAUGGACAACCGAUCCUAAUCAUCGGUCAUCAUAUUCUUCACGGUCGUCUGCAGAAAAUAGACAAGCCGCUGCUGGUAGUUGAAAAGUCAGAUUUACAUACGAGCACAAAAGCAGCGGAGGAAGAUGAAACGAUGCUGGACAUAAGUCAGGUCAGUCACCUAGACAGCACGAUCGCGUCGUCCAACCGAACCGUUCUGGAUUCAACAGUAGCUGUAGAGCACAAAACCAUACCGAAAACCGAGUAUCUCGUUCGAGCUGUAGUGAAGCACAAGGUACUGUUCAAGGCACGACCAAAGCCCAUUAUUGCUAAUGUGGCCAAAAGCGUUUAGCUGAUAGUAAAUUAAGGGUGUAAGUCUUUAUUUCUUUGAUUUUAGGCUUAAAAAAUUAUGAGAACCUAUCAUUAAA